UAUUUUUAUAGUAAAUUGGUAAUAAAUUGAAUUAAAGCCUUUUUCAUUUUGAUUCAAACAUGGAUACAUUUGAUGUUUCAGAUAGGAGUAGUUGGUAUUUUGGCUCCAUGUCUAGACAAGAUGCAACCGAAAUAUUAAUGAGCGAGAGGGAACGAGGAGUUUUUUUGGUUCGCGACAGCAAUUCAAUUGAAGGCGAUUACGUCCUUUGUGUUAGAGAAGACACUAAAGUUAGUAACUACAUUAUAAACAAGGUGCAACAACAAGACCAAAUAGUUUACCGGAUUGGCGACCAGUCUUUCGAAAACCUUCCUAAGUUAUUGACUUUCUACACAUUGCAUUAUUUGGAUACCACACCACUGAAGCGACCCGCUCAGAAAAAACUUGAAAAAGUUAUUGGCAAAUUCGAUUUUGUUGGAAGUGAUCAAGACGAUUUACCAUUUCAACGAGGUGAAGUUCUCUCGAUCAUUCGCAAAGAUGAAGACCAAUGGUGGACAGCCCGCAAUUCCACUGGUCUUGUUGGACAAAUACCAGUUCCCUAUGUUCAACGUGUAAGUUUUUAAUUAUUUUAUUCUUUUAU